GGUCUUAAGUAUAUGAGAUUGGUAACAAUACAAUGCUACGAUACUGAUGAAGCUGAUUUGAUGAUGUUGAUGUAGACCGAAGGUGGCCAUAAAAACUGAUUUUGGGCUACCUGGACUCGCCACGAUGAGUAACUGAUGACAUACAAUACAAUAGGUACGCUUUAUUGUACACCUCAUACAGUUAGGCUCUCUUAGAUUAAAUUAUUAAUCUUGUUCACCCUUAUACAAUACCCGCUAAUUAUUACAAAACAAUAAAAGGCAUAACUUUGCUCAAUUAUUAGGUAGAUACUCGUACAAUAACCCGGCAGACGCUGAAAGCCACACCGGACACAAUGAUUAACCGCUUCACAUUAUUAUCGGAACUGUGACCUUGGCGUCAUGUCAGAGCUACAGAGUCAAGGUGCACACGCAUUUCGCCGCCCCACCGCACGCACGCGCAUGAUCUAUAAAACCUAUACAACUGGACUGUCGACACCAAUCAAUAACUGAUUGUUAAACAAUACACCCAAAAUGUUCAGCAAAAUCGUAGCUUUCGGCGCACUCCUGGCUGCGGCCAACGCCGGCCUCCUCGGCCAUGGCCACGCUGUGUCUUCCCAAAGCAUCGUCCGUCACGACGAGGGUCAUUAUGCCCCAGCUCACUAUGCCGCCCCGGCUCACUACGCCUCGGCUCACUACGCCGCUCCCGUAGUCCACGCCGCCCCUAUCGCGCACUACGCCCCUGUUGCUCACUACGAUCAUCAUGACGAAUACGCUCAUCCCAAAUACGACUACGCGUACUCCGUAGCUGACCCGCACACCGGCGACCACAAGUCGCAGCACGAGUCCCGUGACGGCGACGCCGUGCACGGCUUCUACGAGCUGGUGCAGCCCGAUGGCUCCGUGCGCAAGGUCGAGUACACCGCCGAUGACCACAAUGGUUUCAACGCUGUGGUUCACAACUCAGCCCCCUCUAUCCACGCCGCUCCCGCCCACGAUUAUCACCACUAUUAAAUUACAUUGAGGAAUGACUGCCUUAUGUUAUUUGUUUGGACGCUAUUUAUAUGUUGGUAUGUGUGUGAAAAACUUGUAAAUAAAGUAUUAUUUAAUUA